AUGUCUGCGCAAACGCACCCGCGAGAGGCGCUGGCGGAGGCGGCGGAUGGUCACUCGGGGGAGCCUGAGCAAGAGAGAGGCCCUCACUUUCUGCGUCCCUCCUCGUUCGCGUACUGUUCCCCUGAUGCUCGGCGCGACACCGCCCACAAGGAUCUGCUGGAACCUCACAGCGGAGCGACAGGACGCGAGUCCCGCCCUCCUCCCUCGCUGACUUCUUGCUCGUCUUCGUCUUCGCCCUCUAUGCCUCGUCUCCGUUAUCGCCUUCUCGACCCUGCCCGCGAAGUUGUGACACGUCCAUCUUCCGCAUUUGCUGCUGGUGCCUCCGCUUCCAAGUACCAUGCCUCUCAUUCUCCUGCCGAUGCGUCUGACGGGGUUGUUGAGCGGGCUACGACCGAUAUUUCCUCCUUUCCUUCCUUCACAAGUGGCUCGGCUGCCUUGUCUUCCUCUCCCGCGCCCACGUACUGCCGCCGAGUCGUGCGUGUGAGAGAUGGUUCCCACGAGCGCUUCGGUGACCACAGAGGUACAGACGGGAAACCCACGUUUUCAGCUGCAUGUACCCCUGGACCCCCUGCCGCCGCGUGGUCCGCGAGUCCGCCGUUUCGCGUCGCGCAGACGCGAGCGGAGGAAGAGCUUUCGCGGCGUAUCUUAGCGCCGCUGCCGGCACCCGUGCGUGAUGCAUUAUGUGCACCAGAUUCAGGGAGGGAUGCGGCUCUGCCGUCAGCCUCAGCCUCCGUGCCCGUUCAGAGUCUCGCUGCGCCGACCUUGGUGUCUCUUUACUCGCUGGGCGCUGUAUGUACACCUCACCACGCUGAGCGAGGGAGCGCCCGUCUGCUCCCCUCGUCGUUCGUGACUUCUUCCUGUUCUCGGUCUCGUCAGCAGUCGGUUCUUCCCGCUUUCUCGUCUCCUGUUCUUGGUCUAGUCCCCUCCUCCGGCCGGUAUUCCCCGUCUCGUUCUGCCCGCGCAUCGGGCUUCGCCGUUUGCUCGCCGCAGAGCGAGGACCUGGCGCCUACUGUGCGCUGCAGUGACGCAACAGCAGCUGGCGUGUGCGAAUCCGACGAGGAGGCUGCAGCGUCAAGUUUUCCAACUCUUGUGAAAGCAGAUUUGCGCGGGCCCUCGCCUCCCGCGCCUCCGUGGCCCACAGACGAGCGCUCUGUCUCGCCGUACGCGGUGCAUGCAUCUUUUUCUUCCUCGUCUUCUCCCUUGUCCUCCGUUUCGUUUCCUGCUGAGGCAGCCUCUUCGUCUGUGUCUUUCGCUCCGCCUGUCGUGAGGGAGUCCAGAGGACAGGAGGACUCACGUCGCGCCGAGGGAGGGAGGCCGGCGGAGGCGCCGCCUGAGAAGGAAGAGCCUGUGAAUCUUCAUCUUCGAGGCAACGACCCGCACAGUUGGAGCGAGAAAGGAAAUUUGAAGACGGAAACUAUGGAGGGCGCCGGGGGGAGACUACGGACGAGUGCUCGCCUGCAUGAGCGCUACGCCGAGGGGCCUUUCUUCAGGUCACACUCUCCGCAGCUUUCUUCCCCUCCUUGCUCUUUGUCUCCCUUUCUCUCCUCUUUGGCGCCUCCCAGCCCCCCCUCGAGUUCGCAUCUCCCGUCUUCGCCUUCGUCGAGGCAGAGCUCUUUGACGCAUCUCGCUGAGGAAAGGUCACUUGCGCCUCGCGCAGCGCCUCUCGCGUUUCAAAACGCUCUCCUCGUGGCAAGUGCCGGACUUUCGUCGUCGCUCUCGCUCUCUUCUCUGGCGUCUUUCGCGUGCGCCUCCUCCGCGGAAAGCGCGGACUCGCGGCAGAUUUCCCAGGCGGAUCCUUCGCGCGAAGUGUCUUUCCGGGCCGCCUGCGCUGCCGAUUCAACGACGUCUUCCGUAGGCUGCGAGCCGACGACUGAGAAGGCUUCUUCUGGCGAAGAAACGCGCCGAAGCGCUGAGAGAAGAGAAAAGGAGACACGAACACAGGGCGACACCGCGAGGAAGGAAGCGGUGAGACCGGAAGAGAUGGCGGCCGCGCGAACUCAGCGAGGAGAUCGACGAAGUCGAGCGGAUAAGAGAGACAGUGACGCACGGGCGCGGACGCCACUCGGAGGUCAGAGGGCGGCGCAGAGACCAGGAGGGAGGCGAGGCGAGGAAGAAGGUGCCUGGAGGGGCGUGAAGGGGGCCAUAGCAGAUCAAGAAGAAUUCGACCAAGGUGGAGACAACGGCAUGCUGGUGCGCGGUCAUGGUGCCGGCGGAGAUAAAGACGACGGGACUGCAGCGAUCCCCUCGUUUGUGUACCGUCACAGCCUGGAGAAUUUCCCUUUGGCGAGGCAGGGAUCCGUUUUAGAGGGGAGACGAGAAGAGAGGGACGACGGCAAAUGCCGCGAAGACAGACAGGGAGAAGAUCCGAAGAGGCGACUCUCGUCUGCGGUCUUCAUGGCCUCGGCGGACGAACUGUUUGCGUGGCAGACAAACGAGGCGGCCUCUGCGCGUUUUUCCGCACUGUCGCAUCCCUUCCAGCGGCUGAGAGGAGCGAGUCUUUUGCCGGCUGUGCGCCGCAGCAAGCGAGGAGAAGAGAGCAGCCGCGACGCAGGGCAGGGCGACAGGGCAGGCGACGGCGAGAAGGCGCGCGAGAGCUCCUCCUGCGAGGAGUCGUCGACGCCGAGAGCUUUCUUUUUGAGGCCGCGAAGAGAACGCAACGCUGCAAGGCCCGCGCAGGCCCCGGAGGAAAGCGAACCGCAGUGGCAGCCGCCUCGCGUCUCGUCGCCCGUCUCCUCUUGUCGUCUGUCUUCCUCCUCCGCUGCGACGCCGCCCCCCGCGAGCAGCGGAACGUCUCUCACCUGCCGGGGGCUCUCGUCUCGUCGUGCGAAACCGCAGACGCCGUCGCGUUUUCGGCGUCACUCUCCCGCGGCAGUCGCCCCGGCGUCGCGAUUCUCGUCUCCAACUUCGGCGUCUUCCGCCGACCGGCACGUCAAGGUCACCUACGACGCUUGGCAGGUCACCAGCGGCCGAGGCGAGCUCGAGCCGCGCGAGGCUCUGCGGCGCUUCACCUUCUCUCGACUGCUUCCUUCUCGCGGCCGUCCCUGCUCGCCGGCGGCACGCGGCGUCGGCGUCUUUCCAGCCUACCCCGUGGCGUCCUCUCUGGGGAGCUCGGCAGGCGUCGCUCGAGGGGCGGAUGCCGCCGCGAAGAGACUCGAAGAGGACCUCCUACUCGAAGAGCCUAAGGGGCGCGCGUGGCGGCUGAGGGAGCGCGGAUGGCUCUCGCGACUCCGCAGGAGCAAACCCGACGGCCUGAAGGCCACGCCAAUCGAAAGAGAAAGCCCUCGCGAAGAACGAGCUCUCUGCGAGCUUACCCCGACGCCCCCGCUGGAAACACGGCGGAGGGCGCUCAGGGAGGAGAAAGAGAAGAGAGAAAUGACUGUGCUGAAGCGGGCCUUCCUAGGCCUCGUUGUUGUCUGCCUCAUUCGACGGAUUCUUCUGUGUGUAUACGUAUCGCCUGGCCUGCCGGCGGUAUCUCCGCAUGCCUCCGCCGCCGUAUCUGCGGGCUCGACUCCGCCGUCCUCCGCCCCUGUCGACGAGGCGCUCGACGAUCAGUUCCAGCGACUCAUGAAAGUUCUAGCCGCCGAAUUCCCCCAGUACCGGCAUCGCCUUCCUCUCGACGCUGCGCCUGCGUCCUCGCUCUUCCCCGCCUCCCUCUUUGCGUCGCCGCCUUCCUCCGCCUUCUCUCCUGAGUCGCAGUGGCUCCCGCGCCCAGAGGAGACUCCGCGAUGCGAGGCUUCAGUGUGGAGUUGGCUGUCGGAGUUCGCGUGGAACCUCGUUCUGCGUUUCUCCUCUCGCAGGGGCUCGCGUCAGCUUUUUGCUGCAGAGGGACUUGACGAGGGAGAGGCGCGGCGCGAAGCAGAUAUUUUUGCCGAGGUGGCGAGCACGCGGCUCUCUCCAGACGCUUGGAGUGAGAUCCCUGCUUCGUCUGCGUCUCUCUGGGCGUCGUCGCCCUCCUCUUCAUCUGAUGGUACGUCGUUCAUCUCGCGACUUGGAGCGGCGUUUUCGGGCGACUCAGGCUCCCCGGCUCUCUCAGAGUUUUCGCUUUUUGCCUCCAACGCCGAGCCGGAGACGAAAGCUGAAGCAGAAAGAGCGGAAGGAGACGACAGAAGGGAGCAGCACUACAGGUCCUGGAGGGCGCGAACUCCGAAAACUGCGCCCUUAGUUGCCAUUGCGUCGCUUCUCCUCUUCAUCUUGCGAUGCUGGGGCUGCUGUUUUCGCUUCGGUUUCGCCUGGGUGGUCGUUCCGCCCUUUGCGUUCCUCUUCCGCGUGAUUCUUUCGCUGCUGGUUCGGCUCUCUCUCUCUUUCGUCUUCAUCGCGGCCGCAUUUCUGGGCGUCGGCUACGUUCUCUUGGAUCGCCUCGGCAGCUUCCUCGCGGAUUCCGCGCGACGCAAGGCGCGCGCGGACGCGGCACCGGUGGCAGUCGAACUUCAUCGUAAAAGUAUCUCUUUGCGGACAGAAACGCGUGGCGAACGGCGCAUCUUCGACGCAGUCUUGGCGGGGGUUGAGCGCGAGACGAGCUCAGCAGACAGCGCCGCCUCGCUUGCGUACGCAGUGCGCCUGUGCGUGUCGGCUGCGCAGCCUCUGCUCCCCGUGGCGUCAUCGCUUGUCUUCGGCGCGGUCGCCUCGCUCGCCAGUCGAGAGAGGCUCCGCUCGGCUCGCGGGAACCCGCCGGAGUACGUCGAAGAAAGUGGUGACGGAGGGGAGGCAGCGAGCGCGGCGCAAGAAGAGCGACGCGCGGGAGAAGACUCGACAGCGAAGAAGGAGAAAGCGGGCGCGAAGGGGCAAGAAGAGAGUGAAAACGGCGGGAGAGGCCUCGACGAGGAGGAUAAACGAGACGAAGAAGACGCAGAUGCGUGGGCUGGAAAGGCUGACGAAGAGAGGCGCAGAAGAGACACCUUCGGUCUAGCGGACGAAGGACAGGAUGGCGAUGAACCCGAAGAAGAGGAAGAAGAACGCGACUAG